ACCCUGUGUGAGCGUCUUCACCGCCUCCAUUCCUUUCUCUUUCUGUAUCGUGCAGUCUGCACUUAGCCCGUGCGAAGAGCUCGCAGCCUUGGCUUUCCCGUUGCAGCAGAGCUGAAGAGGGGCGCUUCCACGGACCCCACCUGCACCUCCAAACCGUUUUGUGUAGCUGAAGGCUUUUUUAGUUAGCACACAGCGCGAUGUUGAGGCUCAUCUUUUUGGCCGCUCUCGCCGGGUUUUCUCGAGCCAGUGAUGUGCUUGAGUACACGGAUGACGAUUUCGAAAGUAGGAUCGGAGACCAUGAGCUCAUUCUCGUGGAGUUCUUUGCCCCUUGGUGUGGCCAUUGUAAACGUUUAGCACCUGAGUACGAGGCAGCGGCCACACGUCUGAAAGGCAUCGUCUCUCUGGCUAAGGUUGACUGCACAGCCAACAGCAAUGUAUGCAGCAAAUAUGGUGUCAGUGGCUACCCAACUCUGAAGAUCUUCAGGGAUGGAGAGGAAUCAGGUCCCUAUGAUGGACCCAGAACUGCAGAUGGGAUUGUCAGCUUCCUGAAGAAGCAGGCUGGUCCAGCUUCUGUGGAGCUCAAGGAUGACGCAGGCCUGGAAAAGUUUCUUGCCGAUUCAGACGCGAGUGUUGUUGGAUUCUUUGCUGAUGACAAGAGCACAGCACAGGCUGAGUUCCUCAAGGCAGCAAGUGCCUUGAGGGACAACUACCGCUUUGCCCACACCAACUCUGAAGCUCUCCUUAAGAGCGUUGACAUUGAGGGAGAGGGGGUAGUUUUGUUCCGUCCACCCCAACUCAGCAACAAGUUUGAAGAGAGCUCUGUCAAAUUCAGCGAGGAUAAAUUCACCAGCAACAAAAUCAAAAGAUUCAUCCAGGACAGCAUCUUUGGAUUCUGUCCCCACAUGACUGACAACAACAAGGACCAGCUGAAAGGGAAAGACCUCAUGGUGGCUUAUUAUGAUGUUGACUAUGACAAAAACCCCAAAGGCUCCAACUAUUGGAGGAACAGGGUGAUGAAGGUGGCAAAGGGCUUCCUGGAUCAGGGCAAGAAGUUGAACUUUGCUGUAGCCAACAAGAACGCGUUCAGCCAUGAGGUCUCAGAGUUUGGCCUAGAUGUCAGCAAUGGCGAGCUGCCCGUGGUGGCCAUCCGCACAGCCAAAGGAGACAAAUACGCCAUGACUGAGGAGUUCUCUCGUGAUGGAAAAGCUCUGGAGCGUUUCUUGCAGGACUACUUUGAUGGCAAGCUGAAGCGCUACCUCAAAUCAGAACCCAUUCCAGAGAACAAUGAUGGACCAGUUAAGGUUUUGGUGGCUGAGAACUUUGAUUCCAUCGUUAAUGAUGACAGCAAAGACGUGCUGAUUGAGUUCUACGCUCCGUGGUGCGGACACUGCAAGAACCUGGAGCCCAAAUACAAGGAGCUGGGAGAGAAGCUGGCCAGUGAUCCCAACGUUGUCAUUGCCAAGAUGGACGCCACAGCCAAUGAUGUGCCAUCUCCAUAUGAAGUCAGCGGUUUCCCUACAAUCUACUUUUCCCCAGCUGGACGCAAGUCAAGCCCAAAGAAAUACGAGGGAGGUCGCGAGGUGAGCGACUUUAUCACCUACCUGAAGAGGGAGGCCUCAAACCCAUUAGUGAUGCAGGAGGAGCCCAAAAAGAAGAAGAAGAAGAAGUCAGAGCUAUAAAAGCUCCAAACAGGAACAGCAGCACCCUCCCUCCCUCCCUUCUCACCACAACAGGAGGAGGACUCGGGAAGAGAAAGAACUAAAUUAUAUUCCUCACUCUUAGUGAACUAUUGAAUGGUCUGAAGUCAUAAAGAUGCGGCCCUCACUGCUCUGGGAAUACUGUGGAAGGUGGAGAGGUUUUGGCCAGGGUCUGCCCAAUAAUUUCAAAACAAACCAAUUUUUAGGGAUGAGGAGAUGACUUUUUAGAAAAAUGAGAUUUCUAUUUCCCCUGGUCUGUCUACUACACCUCAGGCUGAUGCACUUUGGUUUGAUACAGUCUGUCAUCUGUCGCUUUAGUUGUUUUUGUUAUCAAAGGGGAUCAUGGUAAUGGUGAAACUUUUUUUUUUUUUUUUUUUUUUUGUAACAUGUCUUUGAUUUUGUACAUUUGGAAGGAUUAUGAAAUAAAAAGACCC